GAGUGGGUUUGCAUCGACCCUUACCUUAACGCUAACCCUUGACUGACCAAAAACAAAUAACUCAUAAUGCCUCACUUUCCAAUUCAUUUGCAUCUGAACUGAGGCUAAUGUUAUUUAUGGGACCCAAGGCUGCAUGUGUAGCAUUGAAUGCUGUGUUUUCCGCAAACGAUAGGACCAGCAGAAAGCCAGAGGAGGCACAUGCAAGGUGUUGUUGUUGUGCCAAGAGAGGACCCAAUGACUUUGUGUUGACAGCAGAAGUGUUCAUGAUACAGCAGGUCUUUUCAGCAAUCUUUCCGCUCCACUUCAGCAAACAAAGGAGGACGUGGAUCAUCACAAAAGAUGUUCUUUGUGGCAGGGGCCAAAAACAAAGCAGGAUCGGAUGGAGGAAAUGAAAGGAGCAGGUCAUUCUACCAGAAAUUUCGUGAGGUAGAUUUAUUGGACAAGAAGAAGACAGUGACAGCUCUAAAGCCCGGUGAAGAUCGGGCCAUUUUUCUGGGUCUCGGAAUGAUCCUCUCUUCAGUCAUGAUGUACUUUGUCUUGGGAAUCACUAUAUUACGCUCCUAUGCAGACAGUGUGUGGACACAGGAGAGUGUGUGUGUUGUCCUCAACUCCACGGUCACAGCAGACAUGAACUGUUCCUACAACUGUGGGGCAGACUGCUGGAGAGUCUCCAAAUACCCCUGUCUGCAGGUCUAUGUGAGCGUCAAUAACACGGGCCGUAUCAGCCGUUUAUCUCACAAUGAAGAGACCCAGGACACCAGCUCUGAAUGUUUCUAUGUGCCCAGGUGCCAGAAGGACAGUGUGGCCAUGCAUGUCAUGAUUAUGAACAUCUCAGAGCGCCUGAAGGUGAACCAGCAGGUCCCCUGUUACUACGACCCCAGCGAGCAGCAGGAGACCGUUCUCCUGACCCGCCUGUAUGACCACACUGUUGUCUUCCACUCGCUGCUCUGGCCUUCCUGCAUGCUUGCAGGAGGGGCCCUUAUCAUCAUGAUGGUGAAGCUCACCCAGUACCUCUCCAGGCUGUGUGAAGAGAUAGGGAAGAUCAAGAGGUGAAAUUACGUGAAAGCCAUGGUGGUUUGGUGAUGGACGUACGACAUGAAAAGGAUUGUUUUAACCAAACGACCUUGCUGUGACCUCUUGCAAACCUUCCUCCACAGUGAGACAUUUGGAA